AUGGAAGUAACGACACUCGACGAUCGACAUCCGGCACUCGUUUAUAGCUCUGGAUGGAGCCGCUCUGGUGACCCAGAGGAAUACCGGGAGACCACCAGCUGGACCAGAACAGUGGGCGCCACGGUCACCGUUCAGUUUACAGGUUCCCGAAUCGUGGUUUUUGGUACCCUCUCGGAAGGGGAACUGCCUAGUUCCACUUACAGAGUCGACAAUGGGCCCAUCUCUGUUUUCACGCCAAACCGGAUGUUCACGAUGCGUUAUCGUUCGCAAUUUUACGAUUCUGGGGCGCUCGCACCUGGAACACAUACGCUCGUUAUCACCAACCAGACGGAGGACCCAGAUGACUUUUUGUAUCUGGAUUACUUGGAGGUUUACAGGGAUACCUCUCAACCCGAAACGCCAGCACCCUCGCCUCCUGCACCACCACCUCCCCCGCCUUCGCCUUCAACAACCUCUACCCCAAGACUGGCGCCGACGUCGAUCUCUACACGUCCACCUCCGAAUCAAAGUACCCCAGAUGCUGCAGAGACAGAGUCCUCGGCGAUCGAAUCGGUGACAACCCGUAGACAGCCCAAUGGGUCUUCGUCCACAUUAGUGACAGAUUCUUUCCUGGAUGGGGUCUCGUCAUCGUUGGGAACCUCAGACACCCAUUCGUCACUUCCUACCGCUGAUCCUCCCAUCACGCCCGUAGGCGAUAUCUCUGAUGCAACCGGUUCCACUGACGUCGCUCAAAGUUCCAAUCCCUCGCAAGGAAUCUCACUUGGAGUGCUGAUUGGCUCCAUUGCUGGUGUUAUCGGGUUGACGGUGUUCAUCAUCGUGAUCGUAUUGUUGCUUCGCCGGAGAAAGAAAAGAGCGCGGCGGCAACGCAGCUCAGGAGAAGUGCUUUCAGUGGAUAAUCCAUCCUCGACUUCGACCUCGAACCUCGUUCGGCAAUCGUCGCAGGCGGGACAAGGGGGUCGGAUCUCACCGUUUGAAGCGACUAUGUCGAGUUUUCUGCGGGGCUCGUCGAACGAGCCAAAGGGCGUGCCGGCAUUGGUCGUUGACGAGGAGAAAGGAAGUCCAGGGACUGAAACUAUUUCUCGAUCCCAGGAUUCACCUCCGCCCUAUCAGUCCCACUUAUCCAGGGGCACUUGA